CAGUCAGAGAGAGCAGCAUAGUGAGCAUACAGCAGCUGAGGCUGAUGCGGCUCAACUCCGCAAUUAUCCACUCAUACAACCUGACAACCUCCCGGUCUGUGACAGGAUACACUGCAGCAGGGACCCUCUCUGUACCCCCAGGUUUGUUGUGACCCCCCCAGCUGUGAAACCUUACAGACAUGUUCACCCUCUCGGAGCUGGUGGUCUUACUGGCCGUCCUGUCUGCCACUGCGUCCGGCUACUUCGUUAGCAUAGACGCCCAUGCCGAGGAGUGCUUCUACGAGCGGGUCAACUCCGGCACCAAGAUGGGCCUCAUGUUCGAGGUAGCCGAGGGAGGCUUCCUGGACAUCGAUGUGGAGAUAACAGGGCCCGAUGGUAAGCAGAUUUACAAAGGCGACAGAGAGUCCAGUGGGAAAUACUCUGUGGCGGCACACAUGGACGGCACCUACAAGUUCUGCUUCAGCAACAAGAUGUCCACCAUGACGCCCAAGAUCGUCAUGUUCACCAUUGACAUCGGAGAGGCCCCCAAAGGCCAAGACAUGGAGACAGAAGCCCACCAAAACAAGCUGGAGGAGAUGAUCAAUGAGCUGGCAGUUGCUAUGACAGCUGUAAAGCACGAGCAGGAGUACAUGGAGGUUCGGGAGAGGAUACACAGAGCGAUUAACGACAACACGAACAGCAGAGUGGUGCUGUGGUCGUUCUUCGAGGCUCUGGUUCUGGUGGCGAUGACACUCGGACAGAUUUACUACCUGAAGAGAUUUUUCGAAGUACGACGAGUGGUGUAGUGUGAUCGAGUCCCUCUGUGUCCUCCACUGUUUUGUUUUUUUUCUUCUCCAACACCAAGACAGUUAUUUACACUCUGGAUAUGAGACUGGCAGUUUCGAGUAAAAGCCUCCUUAUGAUUGGAUCUCAGAUGGUUUUGUUCUCCUGUUACCAAUUUGGUUCCUUCUUAAAAAAACAAAUUGUAAUUAGUGUUUGUAUGGAGCGAAUGGCCAAACGAUUCGAAGAGAGAUGCUGUUCUGUUUUGUUUUAACACUGUUUUUUUUUUUGUCCCUUUAUUAUUUGAUAAACACCAGUUAUACCUGCCAGCACAGAUCUGUCUGUGAGAGGCGAUGAGGCUCAUAAUUUCACGUAUAUAAAGACAAUGGAUGGGCAUGUGUGGAGUAACCACAGGAGAAUGUAGCCCUGAGUAUGAUAUAAAUGGGACCCUUUAUCCUGAUAACAAGAAAAGCAGAUUUGGUGUGAGAAGCAGGGGAUGCUUUCCUCCUGCGUCUGAGCCGAGUCAGACGGUGAAUUGGUGGGUAUGUGAUAUCUGUACAUUGUGUCUAUGCUCUCUAACAACAAAUUGCACUCCUGAUGAAUGCGUCUAAAUAUCUGAAGGAUUUCCACUGCAGCUGGUGUUUAAGGGAAACUGUAUAGCUUCUGGCUUUGUCUGUUAAUUCAUAGCGAUACACGCCACGAGGGGAAGGGGGGGUGGCUUCAGCAGAUUUAUUUUGCAGGGAAGCAGCGCGACUCUCCUUGUAGUUCAGAAAAAUGGCGAAACAAACGGGUGGUUUCUUGGCUUUGGAAUUCAUACGUUGAUAAUUUUCACACCCAGUUUCUUUCCAAUCUUCAACUUAGCAUCAAGACCGUGACAAGCUAAGUAACGUUGGAUUUUAAACCCAACUACUCGGGAGUGCAACUCCUGAGGAAAGUGUAGAGGAGUACUGAAAUACAUGUUACAUGUUGGGUGAGGCUGGCUGGCUGGGUGGGGGCGGGUGCGUGGGCGGGUGGGGGGGACACCUAAUGACUGCUGUGUGCUUUAGUUGCUUCUAUUCUAGUUAUUUUGUUGGGGUUAGGGAUUUUAAAUUAUGAUUGUAUACAAUUCUGAACUGUUAGUUUUUUUUCUUGGAGCAUAUUCUGUAACAUGCAGCUGUUUGCACGAUGCCUUCGAUUGAAACAUCUUUUUACCUCGUUCUUUUCCUCCAACACGAGGUAAAUAAACUCACGUCCGAGGCUGCAGCUUCACAUCGAGCACACAGCUGUCACAUCGCGGGCUGCAUGUUACCGAAUAUGCUCCAGUUUUGUAUCAGAAACAAUCCUCGGUGAGCUCAGGCAGGUGAACUGCUCUGAACACAGUCUCUCCUUUUUGUGAUUACAACAAAAAUCUGAUUAAAUGGAUCUGUACAAAUGUAGAUUGGUUGUCUGUGGAAAAUGCCCCAGGUUUCAUAAUAAAGCCAAUAUUCUGUACAA